ACUAAAGCUGUUUUAAAGGGAAUGAUUUCCUUAUAAUGAGUUUGUUCUCCUACUAGAGAGAGAGAGAGGGUAUAUUUUCUGGGUUUUAAGGUGCUUGUCCCACUCCCAACCCUCUCACCAAAUGGCUCAAAAGGGCCUCAAAACAGCCCCCAGAUCCUUUCCAGCUUUGGCUUGCCUCAAGGUUUCCUAGCUAGCUAGCAAAGGGGAGCAAAAUGGGUUCUCUAUCUAGAAGCCCCAAGACAGUGCAGUAUGGGAGGAGGCUGUUUGAGCUACUGGAGGAGCAGCAGGAGCCCUUCCUCCUUGAUGUGUACCUCUCAGAGAAUGGCUUCUUAACUGGGGCUUUGAAAGCUGAGGGAAGGGCCAAUUGCUGCCCUGUGAAUCUCUGCAGAAGGAUACUCAAACUCUGCAGCCAUGGGUGGCUAAAGAGGAGGAGCAGCAGCAGAGGCUGCAGCAAUUUGAGGCAUGUGUUGGGGAAGCUUCUGCAUCAGAAGGUGCUGAAGAAGGUGCUCAAUUGGAAUGGCACAGCUAAUGCUGGGAAGGGGAGGCAUGUGUUGGGUGUGUGUGGGUGCUUCCCUGAGAUGGGUCGCAGCAAAAGCAGUUUGGUGGAGUUCCAGAGGCUUUCUAAAUCAGGAGGAAUUGAUGAUGGGGAAUCUGAUGGGGAGGUUUCAUGGGGAGCAAUGGAGGUCGGGGAAUCAAAGCAGCUUAGUCCAGUGUCUGUUCUUGAGCUGCACUCUGAUGAAGCCUCCCCCAUUCAUGGCCAUUAUGAGGAUGAGAAGCCCUCAACUUCAGGUAGUUCACCAAAGAAAGCUUUUGAUGCUCCUUGGCAAGGUUUUGAGGAGCUUCUUGGGUCUACUUCUCCCACCAUUAUGCAUCAAAAUGCAAAGAAAAACAAGGAGUUGGAUCAAUCAGACCAGGUCAUGGCACUGCUGGGAUGUCCAAUGGAAGUGGGGGAGUGUGUGAGCCCACAACUUGCUGAGAAGCUCAUUGAGGACCAGCUCUCCUCCUGGGAGAAAAUGAGGGUUGAUUUUCUGAGGAUACCCAAUUUGAUAGGCUCAGAUAUCUCAAAAUCCACCAAAGAGUGGAGCCAAUUCCACCCAGAGAUGACAAAGAUAGGGAAGGAGAUAGAGAAUCUCAUCUUUGAAGAGAUCAGGAGAGAGAGUGUGCUAGACCUGCUAGGCUCUCAUUGUACAUUAAUUGGAGACAUGUUAGAUUCUAAAUAACUACUAUAUAUUAAGCAUUAUUAUUAUAUUAAUUAAAAAGUUAUUAUUAGUGGAUUUCUUUUAUAUUUAGUCAUCA